AGUGACGUCACAAACCUCCGUCUAACAACUCCAUUCUAGCGUCUACCGGAGAAAGAGGCGCGGAGAGAUGGCGGACAAGGAAAAGAAGAAAAAGGAAAGUAUCCUUGACCUCUCCAAAUACAUUGACAAGACUAUUCGUGUGAAAUUCCAAGGUGGUAGAGAAGCCAGUGGAGUCUUGAAAGGAUUUGAUCCUCUGUUGAAUCUUGUAUUGGAUGGGACCAUAGAGUAUAUGAGAGAUCCAGAUGAUCAGUACAAGUUAACAGAGGACACGCGGCAGCUUGGACUUGUUGUUUGUAGAGGAACAUCUGUGGUUCUUAUCUGCCCACAGGAUGGAAUGGAGUCAAUUCCAAACCCUUUCAUUCAGCAACAAGAUGGUUAAUAUAUUUUUUUUUUUACAGUAGCCGAAUAACCAGAGAUUCCAUUGGGAUGCGCCAUACUUCAAGUUGAAGAACUUUCUUUUUUAAUUAAUCUAAUUUCUUUUGUGAUGUCAGAAACCACCAUUUUAAGCAAGUCAGGACUUGCUCUAAAAGAGAGAUACUUUUCUUUUGGUCAAUUGUCAUGUUUUAUUAUGAGGGAUUUCAUCUUUUAUUUCUUCUACUCCUUUUGUCUAAUACUUCAAUUUUGUGUAUUAAAAGUAUAACUCUUCUAAUCCCUGGAAAUAAAUACAUACUGUUAGGUUCUCAAGUCCCAUCAACUGCAGCAAAUGUUGUGCCCAUUUCAUAUGACUGUCAUUUUUUUCACUUAUAUAAGAAGAUUUUGACCUAAUACUGACAGUCCACAUAUAUUCAGGUCUUUGUUGGAGGUGCCGCUCAGUGUGUUGUUUUUGAUAGUUUAUAGUGCUGUAUGUGUCAAAAUAAGACCAAGUCUAGGGUCUUUCAGGUGCCGCUGGUAACCACCAUUAGUUUAGUAUUUUCCAGAAUUUUACUAUUCUCAUUAAUUUUCUACUUUGAUUAUGUUGUAUUAUGUUGCAUUUAUGUCUUGAUAUGGAGAUCUGACAAUCUUUA